CCGGUUUCCACUGCGGGCGAGGAGGUCGCUCGACAAUGAGCAGGAUACUGGUGAUCGGCGGGACGGGGAACAUCGGGCAGCACCUUGUGACGGCGAGCCUCAACGCCGGCCACCGGACGGCUGUACUCGUCCGCCUGACCACCGUCGCACCCGACUCCGACAAGGCGAAGCUCUUGAACUCCCUCGAGGCCCGCGGAGUCAGCGUUGUCUACGGGGACAUGAACGACCACGGGAGCUUGGUGGCGGCGAUCAAGCAGCAUGGGGAGGUUGUAAUCUCCGCCGUCGGACACGGCAGGCCGGAGGAGCUGGACGGCCAGAUCAAGAUCAUCCAAGCGAUAAAGGAGGCUGGAGAUGUGAAGGUACAUGCGCAGAAGCCUUCUUCAACUACAUGCAUUACGAAGAUUGUAGUUUUUUUCCCUUCUUCUUGGAACUACGAGUAUACGAUAAGCGAUUUUUGCUUUUUCCUUCUGAAAAGGGCUUUGUCGAGACAUCGCAUUUUCCGCUCAUUUUUCUACGUGUUUGUUUAUUUUAGAUGGAGUAGUAUAUAGUCUGAUUAGAUGCAGA